GCUACUACUGCCAACUGGUUUUCCUCAAUCUCAUAGUUUUCCUUCAUUCUUCUGUCAUUUUUAGUGCUAGUUUGCCAUCAUUCUGAGGAGAGAAGAGCACUUGUACCUCAAGUUUGCAUAAAGCUGCUUGGAUGCAGAUAUUACUUCAACUCAGAUGACAGGAUCAACUAGUCAUUAACCGGUUCUAGGUCCUGAAAGUACCGAAUAAAUGGCUGGAAGGCAAAAGGAUUCCAAGAACAACAAGGUGAAGGAUGAAGGAAACAAAACAGUACCCUAUUACAAGCUUUUCUCCUUUGCAGACUCUUGGGAUCAUCUACUGAUGUUUCUUGGAGCAAUUAGCGCUGUUGGGAACGGAAUAAGCAUGCCUCUAAUGAGUAUAAUCAUUGGAGAUGCAAUUGAUGCUUUUGGAGGAAAUGUUGACAAUAAACAAGUAGUUCAUGAAGUUUCCAAGGUAUCUCUGAAGUUUGCAUGCAUAGGUGCGGGUGCCUUUCUUGCAGCAUUUUUGCAGUUGGCUUGCUGGGUGAUCACUGGGGAGAGACAAGCUGCAAGAAUACGAGGCUUAUAUCUUAAAGCAAUUUUGAGGCAAGAUAUCAGUUUCUUUGACAAGGAAACGAACAGUGGUGAGGUUGUUGGAAGGAUGUCAGGUGACACAGUUCUUAUUCAAGAAGCCAUGGGGGAGAAGGUAGGAAAAUUCAUACAGUAUUUGGCAUGUUUCUUAGGAUCUAUAGUCAUAGCAUUCAUCAAGGGUUGGCUUCUUACCCUUGUUCUUCUAUCUUCUGUUCCGCUUCUUGUCCUUUCUGGUUCUGUAAUGAGCUUUGCUUUUGCAAAGAUGGCAUCCCGUGGACAAGCAGCUUAUUCUGAAGCAGCAACAGUAGUGGAGAGGACAAUUGGUUCAAUUCGAACUGUUGCAUCAUUUACGGGCGAGAAGCAAGCUAUAGCUCAAUAUAAUCAAUACUUAACUAAAGCUUACAGAACUGGAGUGCAAGAGGGUGUGGCUGGUGGUUUAGGCUUCGGUACAGUUCGUUUACUUGUUUACUGCAGUUAUGGCUUGGCUGUAUGGUUUGGAGGGAAGAUGGUAGUAGAAAAAGGUUAUACAGGAGGACAAGUCAUAAGUGUAUUUUUUGCAUUAUUGAGUGGUUCCAUUUCUCUGGGGCAGGCAUCUCCAAGCUUAACUGCAUUUGCUGCAGGACAAGCUGCAGCCUUUAAAAUGUUUGAAACGAUACAGAGACAGCCAGAUAUUGAUGCUUAUAACACUGCAGGACAACAGCUACAUGAUAUUUCUGGAAAUAUAGAACUUAGGGAGGUUUGCUUUAGUUAUCCUUCAAGACCUGAUGAACAGAUAUUUAAUGGAUUUUCAAUUUCAAUAUCAAGUGGCACUACUGCAGCUUUGGUAGGUCAAAGUGGGAGUGGGAAAUCAACAGUUAUUAGUUUAAUCGAGAGAUUUUAUGAUCCACAAGCUGGUGAAGUUCUCAUUGAUGGUAUCAACCUCAGAGAAUUUCAAUUGAAAUGGAUCAGACAGAAAAUAGGCCUGGUCAGCCAGGAACCAGUUCUCUUUACUUGUAGCAUUAAAGAGAAUAUCGCCUAUGGCAAGGAUGGUGCAACUGAUGAAGAAAUCAGCACUGCAGCUGAACUUGCUAAUGCUGCUAAAUUCAUAGAUAAAUUUCCCCAUGGACUUGACACGAUGGUUGGCGAACAUGGAACUCAGCUCUCUGGAGGUCAAAAGCAAAGAAUAGCUAUAGCAAGAGCAAUUCUGAAGGACCCAAGAAUUCUCCUCCUUGAUGAAGCUACAAGUGCUCUUGAUGCAGAAUCAGAGAAAGUGGUGCAAGAGACAUUAGACAGGGUUAUGAUAAACCGAACAACUGUCAUUGUAGCCCACCGCCUAAGCACAAUAAGGAAUGCUGAUAUUAUUGCAGUUAUUCAUCAAGGAAAAGUAGUAGAAAAAGGUACACAUGCUGACCUCACCAAAGAACCUGAUGGAGCUUUUAGCCAGCUCAUUAAAUUGCAAGAAAUUAGAAGGGAAUCAGACCAGCAAGUUGCAAAGGACUCAGGCAGGCCAGAAAGUUUUGUAGAUUCUGAACAACAAUCAAGCCAACGGUUUUCUUUCCCUCAAUCCUUAAGCCGGGGAUCAUCUGGAGCAGGAAACAGCAGUCGUCACUCAUUCAGAAUGUCAAGUACUAUGCCUGCCCCUCAAGGUCUCUUGGAAACGUCAGAAGGAGGACAUGAAGUCCUUCCUUCAGCAGCAUUACAUAAACCUCAAGAAGUUUCAUUUCUCCGCCUUGCGCGUCUUAACAAGCCUGAAAUCCCAGUGUUAAUCUUAGGGACUCUAGCAGCAGCAGUAACUGGGGCAACACUACCUACUGUGGGGCUCCUUCUCUCCAAUAUGAUACAUACUUUCUUUGAGCCUGCAGAUGAAAUCCGUAAAGACUCAAAGUUCUGGGCAUUAAUAUUUGUUGCCCUUGGUGUGGGUUCCUUCAUAUUUCAACCAUUGAGGUCUUACUUUUUUGCUGUUGCUGGUUCUAAGUUGAUAAAAAGGAUCCGGCUAAUGUGUUUUGAGAAAAUCAUUCACAUGGAAAUAGGAUGGUUUGAUAAAGCUGAGCAUUCAAGUGGAGCACUUGGCGCAAGGCUGUCAAUUGACGCGGCUUCUAUUCGAACUUUGGUUGGGGAUGCACUUGGUCUGAUGGUUCAAGACAUUGCUACAGCAAUUACAGCCUUGGCAAUUGCCUUUGAGGCAAACUGGCAGCUUUCUCUCAUUGUUCUAGUGUUGGUACCUUUGGUUUUAGUAAAUGGACAUGUGCAAAUGAGAUCCAUGCAAGGAUUUAGCGCAGAUGCAAAGAAACUAUAUGAGGAAGCAAGCCAUGUAGCAAAUGAUGCAGUAGGGAAUAUCCGAACAGUUGCUGCUUUCUGUGCUGAAGAGAAGGUGAUGGAAUUAUAUCAGAAGAAAUGUGUAGGACCAAUCCAGACAGGUAUAAGGCAAGGUUUAGUCAGCGGAAUUGGUUUUGGGUUAUCAAUCUUCUUCCUGUUCUCUGUCUAUGCAUGCAGUUUUUAUGCUGGAGCCCGACUUGUUGAGAAAGGCAAAAUGUCUAUUUCGGAGGUUUUCCGUGUAUUUUUUACUCUCACAAUGGCAGCUGUAGCAAUGUCACAAUCUGGCUUCAUGUCCCCAGCUGCAAGUAGAGCAAAAAGUUCUGCCACUUCUAUAUUUGAAAUUCUUGAUAAAAAAUCGAAAAUAGACCCCAGUGAUGAGUCUGGAAUGACAUUACAAGAUGUGAAAGGGAAUAUUGAGUUCCACCAUGUCACUUUCAAGUAUCCAACCAGGCCCAAUGUUCAUAUAUUCAAAGAUCUUUCCUUGACCAUUCACGCAGGAGAGACAGUUGCUCUAGUUGGAGAAAGUGGAAGCGGAAAGUCAACAGUGAUCUCAUUGUUGCAAAGAUUUUAUGAUCCAGAUUCAGGUGAGAUCACACUGGAUGGAACAGAAAUCCAAAAGCUACAACUCAAGUGGUUUAGGCAGCAAAUGGGGCUUGUAAGCCAAGAGCCUAUGUUGUUUAAUGACACCAUCCGAGCCAAUAUUGCAUAUGGAAAAGGUGGAAAUGCAACUGAGGCUGAAAUUAUAGCUGCAGCAGAGUUGGCUAAUGCUCACAAGUUUAUUAGCAGUUUGCAGCAGGGUUACGAUACAGUCGUAGGGGAGAGAGGGACUCAACUAUCUGGAGGGCAGAAGCAGAGGGUGGCAAUUGCAAGAGCCAUUGUGAAGAGUCCGAAAAUAUUACUGCUAGAUGAAGCCACAAGUGCACUUGAUGCUGAGUCUGAAAGAGUGGUUCAGGAUGCACUUGACCAUGUGAGGGUGGACAGAACCACCAUUGUGGUGGCACACAGGUUAUCCACCAUAAGAGAUGCAGAUUCAAUUGCAGUGAUUCAAAAUGGAGUCAUUGCAGAGAAAGGAAAGCAUGACACUUUGCUCAAUAAAGGGGGUGCAUAUGCGUCCUUGGUAGCACUACACAUGACUGCUUCUUCAUCUUAGGCCCUUUCAUCUCCAUGCAUCUAUUGUAUCAUGUGAUGGUUUCUUAAUCUCUUUUUUAAGGCAUUAUUGCUUUGUAACGAAACUUUCUAAAUAUUUGAUUACCCAUUUCUAAUGAAUCUGAAGGUUUCACAUGAUGUUAAGCAGUAUGCUGAAAUGAAAUUACAAUUUAC